AACUGAAGCCAAAACUGAUAAAAUAAAUGAGGUAUCUCCUAUAAAACAAAGUGAGAGUAUCAAACUGGAGUCUCAGACCGCUCCUGUUGUCAGUGAUGGUCAGGAAUCCAAAGAACCAGUGUCCCAACUUUGUGACAAUGAGAACCAAAACCACAGCUUGAAAUUAGUGACUGAAGAUCUUACACCUUUAGCAGACAAAGUGAGCACAACAAUAAGUAAGGAAGGUGUAAGUGAAAUAACAAAACAACCAAGAGACUCUGAAGGUAGCAAGCAAAAACAAGAGUCUAGUCCAGCAGAGAAGGAAAUAACUGAAAACAAGACUGACAAAUUAAAUGAGAUAUCAACAUCAUCCAUCACCACGUCAUCAGAUAUAACACAAAAUGAAAUUAUUCCACUGGAGUCUCAGAGCGCACCUGAUAUCAGUGGUGGUCAGGAAGUCAAAGAACCAGCGUCCGAGCCUUCUGACAAUGAGAAUCAAAACCAUAACUUGAAAUCAGUGACUGAAAAUCUUACACCUACAGCAGACAAACUGAGCACAACAAUAAAUAAAGAUACAAGUGAAUCAGCAAAACAACCAGUGGAUUCUGUACAGUCUGAUAGUGAAAUUUGCAAGCAGGAUCAAAAGUCUAGUAAGACACUGAAAAUUGAAGACAGCAAUUCAGUGGCAACUGUUGAUAAAGCAGUUUCACAAGUUUUAAGUAUUAAAGAUGACAGCCAACUAUCUAAUCUGCAGGAUGAAACUAAAUUAAUAGAAUCCAAAAUGGACAUUAGUUCUCAGAGUGAAAAACAGAAAAUAGAAGAAAAAAUAACUGUACCUCUACAGGAAAUUAAAGAACUAGAGACUCCAGAAAAACUUAAAGAAAAUGAAAGUAAAAUUGAAAAACACACAUCAGAUAGAGCUCCUGAUGGCACUGAAGCACCAGGACUAAAAACAGAGCCAGAAGUGAGAAUUGAAUCAAUUUCCCCGACUGAAAAAAUUAAUGACAUUUCUCCCAAGAAACAAAGUGCACUUGUUAUCAGUGAUGGUCAGUCACUCAAAGAAUCUGUGUCUUCACUUUUUGACAAUGAUAACAAAGAAGAGGACGAUGUUAUAGUUGAAAAGAUUAUCAUAAAGAUGCAUAAAAAUGACAAGAACACCAGAGAAAUCAUCAAAACAACUGAAAUUGUGAAACCAGAGAUAUUAGGAGACAAAUCUAUGAACUGUUGGACAGAAUCAUUAAAAGGUGAUGACACUGGGAAAGCAUCGUUGAUGAAGGAUUCCCCGUCCUGCUGGUUAGAUGUUGAAAGUGGUCAAAAACAGUGGCGAAAGAAAGAGCACAAGCGCAGACUGGAUGCUUCAGCCAGUGAGGACGAGUUACUGGACUCAGACGAUGUGGAAGAUUUUAUUAAAAGCAUAAAAGAAGGUGGCAUCCCUUUCUCACUCCCCCCGAAAAAACAUAUGGGCAAGAAGAACCUGUCUCCUCCCUUUGCAUUGCCAGCAAUCAAGGAGGAUAACUUUGAGAAAACAUUUGAUCCAGAACAAUUCCACUUUGGAUUAGGAAAAAAUGAUUUCUUCAAGGAUUUGUCUCCAGCUAUGGCAAUCAAACGCGCUGCAGCAAAAGAGGAAAAAACUCAGGAAAAUGGAUCACAGAAUAAAAUAGCAGAAAAAGACAAGGCACCUAUUGAGGUGAAUGGCAAAGGUACAGCUGAAGAGGGGAUUUUGAAUGAAGGUGGACUUGAAGAGGGAGUAAAUAAUGGGACUGGGAAGCGCCACUCUCGCCUGGGCCGGAUAUCCAUUCUCUCCAGUCUUCUGUCAUCCAGGUCCAACAGGAACCAAAAAGAGGAACUAUCCCCUACCCUGAGCGUAUCUCAAUCCACAGUUCAACAACAGGAUGUGCCCAUAGGAGAGAAACAGGUCUCCUCUCCUCUGUCUGACAUCAGAGCUGAUAAGGAGGGCGUGAGGACUCCAGAUCAGACCUCACCUUUCUCCCCUUUAAGCGAGAGCACUGGCAACAGUGAGUCACCAUUUAGUCCCUCCUCUGCUCCACAAUUCCCCGUAUUCAGCGAAAUCAAACUUCCUGACCAUUUAGAAAAGUAUCUCAGGAAGACAAAGGGAGAGACAGAGAACCUUAAGAGUUUGGAGCAACCUAAUAAACCAAAAAUGGAUCUUGGCACAAAUACAACUGAUAAAACUGAGGUAGACACAGCCCUGACGAGCCCAACAACUCCAACGCCAACUCCAAAGUUCACCCGGCAGUCUUCUCUAACCAGAACCACUCCGAAGGCCAGAGCUAAGAGAAAGGUUCCAGUUAUUAGAGGGGUUCACAGAAGACCAGGGAAGCUUGUCAUACACGAACAAGCUGAGUUUGCAGGUGAAGCCUUUGAAUUGUACCGCAACGUUGAAGAUGCUACUUCACUGAAGCUAUCACCUGUCAUAUCUGUCAGAGUCAUCAGAGGAUGCUGGCUGCUGUAUGAGAAGCCUGGGUUCCAGGGUCGGACCAUUGCCCUGGAUGAAGGCACCACAGAGCAGAUUGUGAACGUGUGGGCAGAAGAACCUUCAGUUUCAUCGGAAAACUUAGAUCAGCCCGUGCCCACAGUGCCCAUGGUCAUAGGGUCUAUUAAACUGGCAGUUAUGGAUUACACUGUGCCCAGAAUCGACUUGUUCUCAGAGGUGAAUGGUAUGGGAAUAAUGAUGUCCUACGAUGAUGAGGCUGUAGAGAUCGGCUCAUAUGGAAUACCACAAAGCACUGGCUCCAUAAAGGUCCAUUCUGGAGUGUGGCUGGUCUACAGUGAUCCAGGGUAUGGAGGUUUUGUUGGGGUCUUGGAGGCUGGAGAGUACCCUUGUCCUGAGAGCUGGGGGUUUCCACAGCCUUUCAUUGGAUCUCUGCGCCCUCUGAGAAUGGGAGGCAUAAGGGUGGAUCAUCCCAAUGAAGUUAAGGCUCUUGUGUUUGAGAAACCCAACUUUGAAGGAGAGUACAUAGAGGUAGACCAUGAGGUGAUCAGUUUCAAUGAGAUACAAACAGAAGAACACACAGACAACAAGAAAGUACUGUCUUCGGUGGGCUCUCUUAAGAUCAUCGGUGGACUCUGGGUGGGCUAUCAGGAGGCAGAUUUCGAGGGUCAGCAGUACAUUUUGGAGGAGGGGGAGUACGCUCACUGCAAGGACUGGGGAGGGGCUGAGGAUGGGCUCCUGUCACUUCGACCUGUUUACACUGAUUUCACCUCACCCCAUAUAAAAUUGUUUGGCGACAAGAUGUUCAAAGAGUUGAGCCUCAACAUGGACCUGAUGGGCCCCAUCUUUGACUUUGAACCAGUCGGACACAGCACAAAAACUCAGUCUAUCAAUGUCCAAAGUGGAGUUUGGGUGGCUUUUGAGAACCCAGGGUUUUGUGGAGAGCUUUAUGUUCUUGAGAAAGGUCUUUACGCAACUCCAGAAGACUGGGGAGCACCAAACUUCAAAAUAUCGUCCAUACAACCUGUGUUCUAUGAUUCAAUGAACAACCGAUCAAAGUUUAAGGUUCAGUUGUUUUCUGAGCCAGACUUUCAGGGACAGCUUGUGCUUCUUGAUAAUAGUGUGGACACUCUGGAUGACUUUGUGCCCAGGUCCUGUAAAGUGCUGUCUGGCAGCUGGGUGAUGUAUGAAGGGGCACAGUUCAAAGAAAGAAUGCAUGUGUUAGAGGAGGGACUGUACCCCAACACAGAGGCUAUGGGAUUGCAAUCUGAAGACACUAUAAUCCGCUCUUUACAGACAAUUGGACAUGAGUUUUCUCUGCCAUCCAUAAUGUUAUUCAGUAAGGCAGGCUGUAGAGGCCGCAGGAUAGUGUUGACGAAUGGGAUUGUGAAUUUGAACAAGACAGGACACGAUGGAUGUGUGCGCUCCCUGGUGGUGGAGGGUGGAAUGUGGGUCAUCUAUGAAAGCAGCAACUACCGCGGUCGACAGUUACUUCUGAUGCCUGGUCAAGUGGACGACUGGUGUCAGUUGAGUGGAUGGGAACAGAUAGGAUCUUUGAGACCAUUAAUUCAAAAAGAGCAGUAUUUCCGUCUGCGCAGUAGAGAGAAUGGACACGUGCUCUCUUUGACUGGAACUCUGGAUGACAUAAAACUGAUGAGGGUUCAAGCUAUACAGGAGACCGGAAGCAUGGAGCAGGUGUGGCUCUAUCAGGACGGGCAAGUCUCCUGCAAGCUGCUAGAAGACUGUUUCCUGGAGACCACGGGCGGCAUGCUGAUGGCAGGAAGCCGCCUGUGUGUCUCUCCCAACAAAGGAAAAGAAAACCAACUAUGGAACUUCACCCCCGACGGGUUAGUGCGCUGCCAUCUGCAACGUGAUCUGGUCCUGGAGGUCAAAGGUGGACACCAGUUUGACAAGAACCAGGUCAUUCUCAAUCAAUUUGAUAAAAGAAAGUUGAACCAGCGAUGGAUUUUAGAGAUCAUCUAAGUUUCACUGCAUAAGCAUGUCAAAGAGCACCCCAAAGACCUGUUUAUGUCAUUUGAAACAAUAUACCUUGAUGGUUCACAGUGUAAUGAGACUCUGCCCUGUAUCAUUGCUGCAUUUAGCUCCCCCUUGUGGUACUUGUGGUACAUGUCAGGUCUUCCAAACAUGAAGUCCUGCCUUUAUUCAAAAUGUAAAUGUGGUUUACAUGUUGCCUUUUGUAAAAUGUUGUUAUUUCUAUAGGUUUUUACACUUUGAUACAUACUUUAUAACACAAGAUUGUAUAUAGAAUAUAAUGGAAAGCAAGCAUUUUGUAAUUAAAUUUUUUUUAAAAUGG